CCUUUCCUUCCAGGCCGCGUCUAUUACUUCAACCACAUCACCAACGCCAGCCAAUGGGAGCGUCCGAGCGGCGGCGGUUCGGGCCGUAACGGUCCAGGGGAACCAAUGAAAGUUCGUUGUUCUCACCUGCUGGUCAAACACAACCAAUCACGGCGCCCGUCAUCGUGGAGGCAGGAAAAGAUCACCAGGACCAAAGAUGAAGCCUUGGAACUUAUCAAUGGUUACAUCCAGAAGAUCAAAUCAGGAGAAGAGGAUUUUGAAUCUCUCGCUUCCCAGUUCAGUGACUGCAGCUCAGCAAAGGCUGGGGGAGAUCUGGGCGCCUUCGGACGUGGUCAGAUGCAGAAACCCUUCGAAGACGCUUCGUUUGCUUUGAGGGCGGGUGAGAUGAGCGGCCCCGUGUUCACAGAGUCAGGGAUCCACAUCAUCCUGCGCACGGAGUGAAGGGCCAAAGAGGGGAGGAAGGAGGGAAGGAAGGAAGGAAAGAAGAAAGAAAGGAAAGAAGGGAAAGGAAGAAGGAAGGAAGGAUGCGACCCACUUCGACCCCACGUUCUCCUAUAGGGACUUCACUUCCAGUGCUUGAAAACAAGACAAAAAUAAGCAAGAAAGAGGGGAAAUAAAGAAGAAACUAAAAGCUCGUUUCAUAUCUCAAUACCUUCCUGGAGGCUCCUGACGAUGGGGAUGAAGGUUUUGAUGACGAUGAAUGAAGGAUGGGAUGGCAGAACCUUCCAGAACGUUGGCAAAGACGACGUCGCUUCUUCCACCCUCUCCCAUCCCGUCGCUGCAUCACCUGAAGCUGAGGAGGGGGGUCCACGUUGGAAGACCCCCCCCCUUUAACCCCCUUUAUCCCCAUCCUCCCCCCCCUUCUUCUUCCCCCACCGCUGGUUUAGAUGCAGAGUAUUUAUUGCAGCGGCGAAGCUGAGCUGUGAACUGCGGUGCUACGACGGAGCAAAACCCCCUCCCCAAUUCCCACCCCCCCCCCCCCCCCCCCUUUACAACCCCCCCCCCAACCCCUCUGCAUGUUUGUUCAGACUCGUUUGGACCGGAAUAAAGCGGCCUUCGCUCCGUCGGGUGGUGGUGGAAGCCAUCGGAAUCGCGUCCGUCCAUUCAUAAAAUGAUGCCUGUCCAUUCAUGUUUAACGUCCAGUCGUUCAUAAAAUGCCUGUCUGUUCAUAGAUAACGUCUGUCCAUUCAUAAAAUGCCUGUCUGUUCAUAUAUCACAUCCAUUCAUUCAUAUAAUGCCUGUCCGUUCAUAUAUCACAUCUGUCCAUUCAUAAAAUGCCUGUCCAUUCAUAUAUCACAUCCAUUCAUUCAUAUAAUAAUGCCUGUCUGUUCAUAUAUUACAUCCAUCCAUUCAUAAAAUGCCUGUCUGUUCAUAUAUAACGUCUGUCCAUUCAUAAAAUGCCUGUCUGUUAAUAUAUCGUGUCUUUCCAUUCAUAAAAUGCCUGUCUGUUAAUAUAUCGUGUCUUUCCAUUCAUAAAAUGCCUGUCCAUUCAUAUAUAGCAUCCAUCCAUUCAUAUAAUGCCUGUCCAUUCAUAUAUUACAUCCAUCCAUUCAUAUAAUGCCUGUCUAUUCAUAUAUAACAUCCGUCCAUUCAUAAAAUGCCUGUCUGUUCAUAUAUAACGUCUGUCCAUUCAUAAAAUGCCUGUCUGUUCAUAUAUAACAUCCAUCCAUUCAUAUAAUAAUGCCUGUCUAUUCAUAUAUCACAUUCGUCCAUUCAUAAAAUGCCAGUCCAUUUAUAUAUUACAUCCAUCCAUUCAUAUAAUAAUGCCUGUCUGUUCAUAUAUAGCAUCCAUCCAUUCAUAUAAUGCCUGUCUAUUCAUAUAUCACAUCCAUCCGUUCAUAAAAUGCCUGUCCAUUUAUAUAUGACAUCCAUCCAUUCAUAAAAUGCCUGUCUAUUCAUAUAUUACAUCCAUCCAUUCAUAUAAUGCCUGUCUAUUGAUAUAUCACAUCCGUCCAUUCAUAUAAUGCCUGUCUAUUCAUAUAUUACAUCCAUCCAUUCAUAUAAUAAUGCCUGUCUGUUCAUAUAUUACAUCCGUCCAUUCAUAAAAUGCCUGUCUGUUCAUAUAUAAUGUCUUUCCAUUCAUAAAAUGCCUGUCCAUUCAUAUUUAACAUCUGUCCAUAAAAUGCCUGUCUGUUCAUAUAUCACAUCCAUCCAUUCAUAAAAUAAUGCCUGUCCUUUCAUAUAUAAUGUCUGUCCAUUUGUCUGUCCAUUCAUAUAUAAUAUCCAUUCAUAUAACGCCUGUCCAUUCAUAUGUAACAUCUGUCCAUUCAUAAAACAUCCGUCCAUUCA